AUGGAGGACCAGAAGUGUCUCGGCCUCCUCUUCGCCUUCCUCGCGGCUCUCUUCACAGGUUCGUACCAGGUGCCGCGGAAGCUGCCGGUGCUGCAGCAGCUGCAGCCGCCGCUGAACGAGCAGCUCUUUGUCGCUUAUUUAGG